CUUGUGCUUGUUCAACGUCGUGGUAUCAGUUGCAGACACAGAAAUUCGGGUUUCUGGCUUGGAAUCAUGCGUCUUUCAGCAUUCUUUGGAACUAUUGUUUCUGUUGCGGCCUUGGCCCAGGUGGCUUUGUCUCAGUCUACCCCUUCGGAGGAGCCCACUGAACCCGAAAUUUCCAUCGUGGCAUCAUGGCCAGACGACAAUCCUUUCGCCCAUGUUGUAAAUGGGGAGAAGAAUCUAAUUCUGUUAUCUAUUGAAAACAAAUCCGACCGGAAUGUUACUCUGCUCAGUAUGUCAGGUUCGGUGCACCAUCCUGAUACGAAUGCGUUGGUGAAAAAUCUUACGGCCGUUCCUUAUGGCCUCAUACUUGUUGAGGGUGUCAAGCUCCAGCUUCCAUUCACUUUCUAUAGCGAGUUUAAACCCGGAGAUCUGCGCCUCAAUAUCUGGCUAGAACAUUCGUUUGCGGACGAGAAGUACUUAGUUUCCGCUUACGACUCUAUCGUUACUGUUGUGGAGCCCGAGAUCUCAAUAUUUGACUUCAAAUUGUUAACGACGUACCUCGUGGUGUCCCUCAUUUUCGGCGGAAUUGCCUACGUUGCAUACCUCUCUUUCGUUCCCCAAUCCAAGAAGCCCAGACGCACAACUGCUUCGGUCAGUGCACCCGUGGGUUCUGUGACUGCUACUGGUGCUGGAGGCUAUCAGGAGGAAUGGAUCCCGGAACAUCAUUUACGAAAAAACAAGACCAAGAAGAGUGGGCCAGCUAGUGGCGAUGAGUUGAGCGGUGGAGAGACUAGUGGUACCGAUGGGAAGAAACGGAAGGGCCGAAAGUAA